AUGUCUCUUGAUAUUCCAAAUAUCAUUAUUCCUGACUGUGAUCUAAAACAGUUUGAAAAAAUUGCAUCCUUAAAUUCCCGCUUUCUUCGAAUGAAUCUUAUUGAGGGACAACUUGAGAUCAUCAUGCCACCAUUGCCAGUUCACUAUGACACCGGUGACAAUGAAUUCGAAAUUAUUGGCCAGGUUUACAAGUGGUGUGAAGCCAAUGAAAGUUUAGUUGGAAAACGUGGUACUUCGCAGAGUGCCUUUAGAUUGCUUAGGCUAGAAAAUCCUGAUUCUCCCGAUAAACCCACUAUUCUAUCUCCUAAUGCUGCCGUUAUUCUCAAAGCAAGGUUUUUGAAAAUUAUUAAAUAUAAAGAUAUAACAUUCCCCCAAGUUGCCCCAAAUUUCAUUAUUGAGUUGCGUUCGUCAAGUGAUUCCCCCCAAUCUCUUCAUCAAAAAAUGAUACGUUGGGCGAAUGCAGGUGUAGAUGUAGGAAAAUUAAUGAUAAUUGAUAAAUGUUUAUUAAUUAUAUUUUUUUGGUUAAUUACUAUUAUAAUGGUGAUCCAGGAGGGAAUCUCCAUAGACUUAAUUACAGAUCCACCGGAGGUGAGAAUCUAUACAAUUAAUCCUGACACUAAUAAAGCCAUUUGGAAAUCAUGGGUGAAACCCGAUCAGGUUAAAUCAGAAGUUCUCAGAGG